CAUGCCAUCUCUCAAACACAUUUCAGCAUGAGCACACACCCCACUCACUAGCUGCUAGCAGCUUAAUACAACUACACACUCCAAAAAAGAAAACAAGCAGGUGCUAAGCUAGCAGCUAUGGGCACAAUCGAUGAUACCGCCGGGUUAUUCCCGGUGACGAGGACGAACAGGUCGCUGGUGCCGCCGUCGUCGGCGACGCCGCAGGAGACGCUGCGCCUGUCGGUGAUCGACCGCGUGGCGGGGCUGCGCCACCUGGUGCGGUCGCUGCACGUGUUCGCCGGCGGCGAGAACAAGAAGCAGGCGGCGCCGCCGGCGAAGUCCCUGCGGGAGGCGCUGGGAAAGGCGCUGGUGGACUACUACCCGUUCGCGGGGCGGUUCGUGGAGGAAGACGGGGAGGUCCGGGUGGCGUGCACCGGCGAGGGCGCCUGGUUCGUGGAGGCCGCCGCCGCGUGCUCCCUGGAGGAGGUCCGGCACCUGGACCACCCCAUGCUCAUCCCCAAGGAGGAGCUGCUGCCGGAGCCGGCGCCCGGCGUCAACCCGCUCGACAUGCCGCUCAUGAUGCAGGUGACGGAGUUCACGUGCGGCGGCUUCGUGGUGGGUCUAAUCUCCGUCCACACCAUCGCCGACGGUCUAGGCGCCGGGCAGUUCAUCAACGCGGUGGCGGACUACGCCCGUGGCGGCGCCACCGCCGGCGCCGUCACCAGACCCCGCAUCACCCCGAUCUGGGCGCGCGACGUGAUCCCGGACCCGCCCAAGAUGCCGGCGCCGCCGCCGCGCCUCGACCUGCUGGACCUGGUCUACUUCACGACGGACCUGAGCCCGGACCACAUCGCCAAGGUCAAGUCCAGCUACCUCGAGUCCACGGGGCAGCGCUGCUCGGCGUUCGACGUGUGCGUGGCGCGCACCUGGCAGGCCCGCGUCCGCGCGCUCCGCCUCCCGGACGCCGCCGCGCCCGUCCACGUCUGCUUCUUCGCCAACACCCGCCACCUGCUCCCGGCGACGGCGGCGGCGCCGGCGAGUGGGUUCUACGGCAACUGCUUCUACACCGUCAAGGCGACGCGGCCCAGCGGCGAGGUGGCGGCGGCCGACAUCGUCGACGUCGUGCGCGCCAUCCGGGACGCCAAGGCGAGGCUCGCCGCCGACUUCGCGAGGUGGGCGGCGGGCGGGUUUGAUCGGGACCCCUACGAGCUCACCUUCACCUACGACUCCCUCUUCGUCUCCGACUGGACGAGGCUAGGGUUCCUCGAGGCUGACUAUGGCUGGGGCACGCCGACGCACGUCGUGCCGUUCUCGUACCACCCGUUCAUGGCCGUCGCCGUCAUCGGGGCGCCGCCGGCGCCUAAGCCCGGCGCACGCAUCAUGACCAUGUGCGUCCAGGAGCAGCACCUGCCUGAGUUCCAGGAGCAGAUGAACCAGCCCUGCUCAUGAUCCGAUGUGAUGAUCCAACCUGCUGCUAGUACGUAUAUGAUCAUGCAUGCAUGCGCGUGCAAGUUUGGAAUUUGUCAAUAACGAACGAACGAACCGUACGUACGUCGUCGUCAACUGAAUUGGAUUCGAAUUCGCGUGUAAUUUGCUUCUUCUAUUUGUCCAAAUUUGCCACAACUAGUUGUACACACGUAUAUAAAAUCCAUCCUACUUUACUUGUAUGUGUGAAUGUAUGUAUGUCAAGAGUCAACACCUUAUACCUGCCCGGCUGCCCAAAAUAUAAAAAUGGUGGGCUAGCUAAGCUCUUUUUUUAUGCACCUGUAGCAAUUCACGGAAGAAUGAAUGAAAUAAAGGUCCAUGAUUUAUCCUA